UUAAUUGAAUUAAGUUUAGCUGUAGCUUUCAGGGAGAGAAAAUACACAAACGAAGGAAGGUGCUUUAGUUUUGCUUACAGAAAUAAAUUUCUGGUUACAGCAAUGGUCUUUAAAUUUCUUCUUGCGGUAACCUGCCUGGCAUUCGUUGGCGUUAGAAGUUUGCCUCAGCAUGGCUACGCAACGUCGCAUCUAAUAUCCAACAUUCAGCACACCGCUCCAGCUUAUCAUCAUAUUGCCCCGAUCCAACACGUUUCUGCCAUUCACGCUGCACCAGUUCAUCAUACCAUUCUGAAACAGGUUGAGACUCACGCCCCAGCUAACUACGAAUUUUCUUACUCGGUGCAUGACGGCCAUACUGGGGACAUAAAGAGCCAGCACGAGUCUCGACACGGAGAUGAGGUUCAUGGACAGUACAGCCUGCUGGAUGCCGAUGGACACAAACGUAUUGUAGACUAUCACGCUGAUCAUCACAAUGGAUUCAAUGCAGUUGUUCGCCGGGAGCCUACCGGAGUGAAAGUUAUCCAACCAGUUCAAAAACUCAUAGCGCAGCCAAUUCAUGUGGCUCCUUUGGCGCAUGCAAGUUAUUCAGCUGCACCACUGAUUCACAGCCAUCACAACAUUGCACCAAUUGCUUAUCACAGCCAGGGACACCAGGCCACAAGCUACAGCAGCAUACAUCAUUACUGAACAGUUGUGUCUCCUAGUCAUUUGUCGGAUGUGCCAAGACUUUUGUUUCUGUGAAUGAAUUACCUAUGUACUGGAAGAAUAAAUUCGCUUACAAA